UCCCACAAGUUUACACGGGAGCCCAGAAGCACCAUGGCUGUUCUUGGCAUCACAGUUGCCUUGCUGGUGUGGGUGGUCACCCUCCUGAUGAUAUCUGUCUGGAAACAGAUCUAUAGCAGUUGGAACCUACCCCCAGGACCCUUCCCACUUCCUUUCUUUGGAAAUGUUCUUCAGGUGGAUUUGAAGGAUAUCCCCAAGUCCUUCAACAAGCUGGCAAAGCGCUUCGGGCCAGUAUUCACACUACAUAUGGGCUCAAGACGCGUCGUGGUCCUGCAUGGCUACAAGGCUGUCAAGGAGGUGCUACUGAACCACAAAAAUGAGUUCUCUGGCCGAGGGGACAUUCCUGUGUUCCAGGAGUAUAGGAACAAGGGGAUUAUUUUCAAUAAUGGACCCACUUGGAAGGACGUCCGGCGGUUUUCCCUAAGCAUUCUCCGUGACUAUGGGAUGGGGAAACAGGGCAAUGAGGUCCGCAUCCAGAGAGAGUCACGCUUCCUGGUGGAGGAGCUCAAGAAGACCAAGGGCCAGCCUUUCGACCCCACCUUCCUGAUUGGCUGUGCACCCUUCAAUGUCAUUGCGGACAUCCUCUUCAACAAACGUUUCGAUUACAAUGACAAGAAGGCUCUGAGGCUCAUGAGUUUGUUCAAUGAAAACUUCUACCUGCUGAGUACUCCCUGGAUCCAGCUUUACAAUAACUUUGCGGAUUAUCUGCGAUACCUACCUGGAAGUCAUAGAAAAUUAAUGAAAAAUAUAUCUGAAAUAAAACAGUACGCACUGGAAAAAGCCAAGGAACACCUUCAGUCACUGGACUCCAACUGUCCCCGGGAUGUGACUGACUGUUUGCUUAAAGAGAUGGAAAAGGAAAAACACAGCAAAGAACCCAUCUACACAAUGGAAAAUAUUUCUGUGACUUUGGCCGACAUGUUCUUUGCAGGGACAGAGACCACCAGCACAACCAUGAGAUAUGGGCUCCUGAUUCUCAUGAAAUACCCAGAGAUUGAAGCCUCCAACCUGCCCCAUGAAGCAACCCAAGAUACCAAGUUCCGAGGAUAUGUCAUUCCCAAGGGUACAGUUGUGAUUCCAACUCUGGACUCCCUUCUAUACGACAGCCAAGAAUUUCCAGAUCCAGAGAAGUUUAAUCCUGAGCAUUUUCUGAAUGAAAAUGGGAAGUUCAAGUACAGUGACUAUUUCAAGCCAUUUUCUGCAGGAAAACGUGUGUGUACUGGAGAAGGCCUGGCUCGCAUGGAAUUGUUUCUGCUCUUGUCUGCUAUUCUGCAGCACUUUAAUCUGAAGUCUCUGGUUGACCCAAAGGACAUCGACCUCAAUCCUGUCACAGUUGGCUUUGGCAAUGUCCCACCUGAAUAUAAACUUUGUGUCAUUCCCCGCUCAUGAGACCUGGUAACUGCCUGUCUCAAGUGAAAAGUCAACAGAGAUGCCCAUUAUUAUCCCUUAAAAUGUAACUAUAUAGAGAGUUCCUAUCAUAAAAUGGAAAAAAUAAAUAAAAUCUUGAUGAAUUGUA